AUGAAGUUUUGGAGAAUAUUAGUUACUGGUUUGCCAGGAACUGGAAAAACCACUUUGUGUAAACAUCUCAAACUUCGUAAAAACUUUUUUUAUCUGAACGUUGCUGAAUUAAUUAAAAACGAACAGAUUUAUAAUGAUUUUGAUACAACUAGAGAUUGUACAAUAUAUGACGGAGAACGUCUUUAUCAAAGACUAGAUAAUCUUAUUACAAAUGAGUUAAAAGAAAAAAGGGUUGUCGUGGAUUUUCAUACUCUAGAAGAUUUUGCACUUAAACGUUGGUUCAAUCUAAUUAUUAUUCUACAUGCAUCAAGUCCUUUAUUGGAAGAAAGAUAUAUAGCAAGAAAUUACUCAUCCGAAAAAAUUAUUGAUAAUCUAGCUCUUAAUCAAUCACAAUAUAUAUUAGAUGUAGUUUAUGGUUAUUUUGAUGAUACAAAUCAAUCUUAUGUGAAGUUACCAGAUGAUCUUACAAAAGCCAAAGAAUAUGCUUUUUCGUUCGAUACUACUUAUAUCUUAGAAAGGUUUUCCGAGACUUCAGAACAAAUGAAUAAACUUUUACAAGAUAUAUUAAUUUUUUUAGAUAAUCUUGUGUGA